UAUCCUAAUUUUAAUCUUUCUCUGAUUUUCAUGCCACGAUUGUGUACACAAUAUAUACGGAUAGUUAUUAAAUGUUAUAAUGGCGACGUUCUGAAGAUUCCUUAUAUAUUUUUCGUCUUCAUCUUGUUGAUGACUGUAUGUAGCAUUGGUGAUUUGACCCUUGAUUUUAUCCCAUUUUCUCCUCACAACAACAACUAUAUUCAAAUUGUCAAAACACCCUUCUAUCUCCAUAUUUCAGACACAUACAGAAAAAAUAGGGAACCGUUUUCUUAUGUGUAUGCAGAAUAAGCGAAAAGGAGUUACAACACAUACGUAGAAACCAAAGAUAAUAACGGAGCAGGGAAAUUAAGCGAUGCUGGGAAAUGGGGUUGUUGGGAUUCUUUCAGAGUCUUCAAACAAGUGGGAGAGAAGGGUACCUUUGACCCCAUCUCAUUGUGCUCGGCUCCUUCAUGGUGGCAAGGAUAAAACUGGUAUUUCUCGCAUAAUUGUACAGCCAUCCACCAAAAGAAUCCACCAUGAUGCUCUUUACCAGGAUGUUGGCUGUGAAAUAUCAGACGACUUGUCUGAUUGUGGCCUCAUUUUGGGUAUUAAGCAGCCUAAGAUAGAGAUGAUUCUUCCUGAUAAAGCAUAUGCAUUCUUCUCACACACUCACAAGGCCCAGAAAGAAAACAUGCCAUUAUUAGACAAGAUCCUAGCUGAAAGAGGGUCAUUAUAUGAUUAUGAGCUAAUAGUUGGAGAGCAUGGGGCAAGGUUGCUUGCAUUUGGGAAAUUUGCUGGUAGAGCUGGCCUAGUUGACUUCUUACACGGGCUUGGACUGCGGUAUCUGAGUCUUGGAUAUUCAACACCUUUUCUUUCUUUGGGUGAAUCUUAUAUGUAUUCAUCUUUGGCUGCGGCCAAAGCUGCAGUAAUUUCGGUGGGUGAAGAGAUAGCAUCUCAGGGCUUGCCAGCAGGAAUCUGUCCUUUGGUUUUUGUAUUUACUGGCUCAGGAAAUGUUUCUCUUGGAGCACAAGAGGUAUUUAAACUUCUUCCUCACAGUUUUGUGGAUCCGAACAAGCUUCCAGAGCUAUUUAAAAUGGGUAAGGAUGUAUCUCAACCAGCAAGGGCAUCAAAUAGGGUGUUUCAAGUUUAUGGCUGUGUUGUCACUUGCCAAGACAUGGUUCAAAACAAGGAUUCAACAAAGCCAUUUGAUAAAGCUGACUACUAUGCACAUCCGGAACACUACAACCCUAUUUUUCACGAAAGAAUCGCCCCGUAUGCGUCUGUAAUUGUGAAUUGCAUGUACUGGGAGAAAAGAUUUCCUCGAUUGUUAAGUAAUGAACAGCUUCAAGAGUUAAUGAGGAAAGAAUGCCCUCUUGUUGGACUGUGUGAUAUAACUUGUGACAUAGGCGGUUCACUAGAAUGUGUCAAUCAAACAACUUCCAUUGACUCACCUUUUUUCAGAUAUGAUCCUUGUAACAACUCAUACUCUCAGGAUUUAGAGGGUAGUGGUUUGAUAUGUUCAUCUGUUGACAUACUUCCUACUGAAUUUGCAAAAGAGGCUUCUCAACACUUCGGAGAUAUAUUAUCUGAAUUUGUGGGAUAUUUGGCUUCAACAAUAGACAUUAAACAGUUACCUUCACAUUUAAGAAGAGCUUGCAUAGCCCAUAGAGGAGUGCUUACUUCCUUGUAUGAAUAUAUUCCUCGUAUGCUAAAAUCCGAUACAGAGGAAAUAUCAGAGAAUCUUGAAAGUUCCCAAUCUAACAAGAAGAAAUACAACAUACUGGUGUCCUUGAGUGGUCAUCUAUUUGACAAAUUUCUGAUAAAUGAGGCCUUAGAUAUCAUUGAAGCUGCAGGUGGCUCCUUCCACUUGGUCAAGUGUCAAGUGGGUCAGAGUUCAAAAGCUAUGUCAUACUCAGAACUUGAAGUUGGUGCAGAUGAUAAGGCUGUACUGGAUCAGAUUAUUGAUUCUUUAACUUCAAUAGCUAAGCCAAAUGAAAACAAUGGAUUUUUAGAUAAUCAAACAAAUAAGCUCUCUCUGAUAAUUGGUAAAGUCCAGGAGAUGGAAACUGAAAAGGAAAAUAGAACAACAGAAAGGAAAACUGGGGUUCUAAUUCUUGGAGCAGGUCGGGUCUGUCAACCUGCUGCAAAGUUAUUAGCAUCCAUUGGAAGCACUUCAUCACCUCAAUGGUAUAAAACAUUUCUUCAAGAUGAUUCUGAAGAGCUUAAUGAUGUUCAUGUAAUUGUUGCUUCUCUUUAUCUCAAGGAUGCUGAAGAGACCAUUGAAGGUAUUCCAAAUGCAACAGCAGUUCAGCUUGAUGUGCAGGACCAUGUUAGUCUUUUCAAUUAUAUUUCUCAGGUCGAAGUUGUCAUAAGUCUUUUGCCUCCUAGUUGCCACAUCAUUGUAGCAAAUGCAUGCCUUGAGCUUAAAAGACAUGUUGUCACUGCUAGCUAUGUUGAUAAUUCUGUGUCAAUGCUAGAUGAAAAGGCAAAGGAUGCUGGUAUAACAAUUCUGGGUGAGAUGGGCUUAGAUCCUGGGAUAGAUCAUAUGAUGGCAAUGAAAAUGAUUAACCAAGCACACGUUCAUAAGGGGAAAAUCCGGUCAUUUAAUUCUUACUGCGGGGGACUCCCUUCACCAGCAGCUGCAAAUAAUCCAUUAGCAUACAAAUUCAGUUGGAAUCCUGCAGGAGCUAUUCGAGCUGGGCGAAACCCGGCUACCUAUAAAUCUAAUGGAAAAAUCAUACAUGUUGAUGGAGAAGAUUUAUAUGAUUCAGCUGAGAGACUGCGGAUACCUGAUCUUCCAGCUUUUGCAUUGGAGUGUCUUCCAAACCGUAAUUCUUUAGUUUAUGGAGACUUGUAUGGAAUAGCCAAUGAAGCAUCGACCAUAUUUCGUGGAACACUCCGCUAUGAAGGAUUUGGUGAGAUAAUGGGGACACUUGCAAGAAUUGGUCUUUUCAACACAGAACACCACCCCCUUCUUAAAGAUGGAAAGAGACCUACAUUCAGAGCUCUUCUGGUAGAGCUUCUCAAGAUUGAUGAUGAUGGUUGUUUAAAAAGAGAAGAGGACAUUGCUGAAAGGAUUUUCAGGCUUGGAUAUUGCAAAGAAAAACUAACUGCAGUAAAGGCAGCCAAAACUAUCAUAUUCUUGGGACUCAACGAGGAAACAGAAGUUCAUGUCUCUUGCCAAAGUGCAUUCGAUGUUUCCUGUCUUCGCAUGGAGGAAAGAUUAGCCUAUUCCAGCACAGAACAGGAUAUGGUGCUAUUACAUCAUGAAGUGGAAGUAGAUUUUCCAGGUGAUCAACAGCACACUGAAAAACACAUAGCCACUUUAUUGGAAUUCGGAAAGACUGAGAAUGGAAACACCAUUACUGCUAUGGCCCUCACUGUUGGUAUCCCUGCAGCCAUUGGAGCAUUGCUCAUUCUUGGAAAUAAGAUAAAGACAAGAGGGGUUUUACGGCCUAUUUUACCUGAAGUAUAUGUACCAGCUUUGGAUAUCUUACAAGCCUAUGGUUUCAAGCUGAUAGAGAAGACUGAGUGAUCAGAAGAUUGAACGAUCCAAGACUUCCCAGUUUUACCAUACUCUAAUUUGUAAAUAUUUAAUUUACAGUGAACCCCACAUGGCUAAUAAUACCUCUUGUAAAUGUUUUACCUCUAAUUAUUUAAAUAAAAGGGUAAUCUGAGAGUAUUAGCAAAA